AUGCAUUUCUCAGCACCACUUGCAAUUUUCCUCUCCCUCACAGGCGCUCUGGCUCUACCUACAAAACGUGCUGCAGCAACCUCGGCCGCUGUUCUGACAGUGCAAACCUACAAUGAUUUCUCCGUGUCUUCAGGAGUAUCAGGAAACGCCCUCGCAGAAGUCAACGCCAAGUUCCCCAUCGACCAAACCAAUUUCGCUGGCGUAGCAGCAUCCGACCUUGCCAUCAUCUCCUCCGCCGCGCAAUUGAGCGAGCAGGCCGAGACCGCCACGGGUGGCUUCAACACCGCCGUCGCGGCAGCAAGCGGCACUGCCGCAACAGCGCUGCAGAAUGGCAAGAUAAAGAACAAGGUGCUGAAGUUGCAGACGGAUGUCAUGAGGAUUCAGAUCGAGGUUGCGCAGGGGAAUACGGCGUCUCAGAGUGAGCUUGCGGCGCAACAGGCCAAGCUGGCGACUAAUGUUGCGUUGGAUAAGGCCGCGGCGGGGCAGGCGGCUACGGCUGUUAGCUUUGCUGGGAGUGAUUAG